AUGAAUAACCAAAUUUCUUUUCGGCUUUCUCAUGCCUUUCUUGCUGAGAACAAAAAUAAAUAUGGAACUUAUCACGAAAAAGGGAAAGAUUAUCUAUUUGUUGCUUUUUACGGCGGUUUUAUGUUUAAAAAUCAGCCAUUUCUUUGUCUUUUAGUUCCAGAUGAUAAUUCAGCACUGGCCGGUUUAAUUAAACUUGGUGCGACUAGGGAUUUUUUUACUACUUUUCCUACUAAUUUACAGUUUAAACCAGAUUUUCGGGAAAUAAAAGCAGAUGAUAGACCUUUUAUUAUUUAUCACGGUCUAUUAAUUAAAGAUGAUAUUGGAACAAAUGAUUAUAACCACGAAUUAGAAAUUGAGCCACUAGACUUAGGAAUAGAAGGAUUGCCAAAAAUUACUCAUCUGGUUUUUGAAUUUACUGAUGACCCACCAAAAAAAAAGGCGGAGGAUGAUAAUCAGCCAGAUCCCAACCAUUCAAAAAUUCCCAACCCAGAAAAAAAUGGUAAUAGAUCUAAUAACCAAACACCAAAAAACUUAAAUACUCUAAAAACCACUUUGAUAGUAGGAGGAAUUGUUGCAGGAUUGAUUUUAGUUAUUGCCGCAUUUCUAUAUUUUUGGAAAAGGAAAAACUCACCUAAAAAAUAA